ACUCAGAUCUCGAUUCUCUCCCGCGAUCCGCACCAACUUCCAUUUGCGCCACCAAGCCACCGCCACCGCCACCGAAAUGGCCACCUCUGCCACCAACCUUCGCACUGCAUCUCUCAAACAUAAUCUCUCUUCUCUCUCUUCAACCAACAAACAUUCAGCGUUUUCCCUCACACUCCGUCAACCCCGCCGCAAACCUCGCUUCAUAGUCCUCUCCGCGUCUCUCGGCGGCAAGCCAACUGUACUUGUCGCCGAGAAGCUAGGAGAAGCGGGGCUCAGUCUCUUAAAAGAAUUUGCUAACGUGGAUUGUUCUUAUAACCUCUCGCCGGAGGAGCUCUGCACCAAGAUCUCACUUUGUGAUGCUCUUAUUGUAAGGAGUGGAACUAAAGUGAACCGAGAUGUGUUUGAAUCUUCUGGUGGAAGAUUGAAAGUUGUUGGAAGAGCUGGUGUGGGAAUUGAUAAUGUGGAUCUGGCUGCAGCUACAGAGCAUGGCUGUUUGGUUGUUAAUGCACCUACUGCUAAUACUGUUGCGGCUGCGGAGCAUGGGAUCGCACUCUUGGCGGCUAUGGCUAGGAAUGUUGCUCAAGCUGAUGCAUCUGUUAAGGCUGGUAAGUGGCAAAGAAACAAAUAUGUGGGUGUCUCACUUGUUGGGAAAACACUUGCUGUGAUGGGAUUUGGAAAGGUUGGAUCAGAAGUGGCCCGGCGUGCCAAGGGGCUUGGCAUGCAUGUGAUUGCACAUGAUCCAUAUGCUCCAGCAGACCGAGCCCGUGCCAUUGGUGUUGAUCUUGUGAGCUUUGAUGAAGCUAUAGCAACUGCAGAUUUUAUCUCCUUGCACAUGCCUCUUACUCCUGCUACAUCAAAGAUUCUCAAUGAUGAAACUUUUGCAAAGAUGAAGAAAGGUGUUAGAAUUGUCAAUGUUGCUCGUGGAGGAGUUAUUGAUGAAGAAGCUUUGGUGAGGGCACUGGAUGCUGGAAUUGUUGCUCAGGCUGCACUUGAUGUUUUCACUGAGGAGCCUCCAUCACAAGACAGUAAGUUGGUGCAACAUGAGAGGGUGACUGUAACUCCACAUCUUGGUGCUAGUACUGUGGAAGCUCAGGAAGGGGUGGCUAUUGAAAUAGCUGAAGCUGUUGUUGGAGCGUUGAAAGGUGAACUUGCUGCUACUGCAGUCAAUGCACCCAUGGUUCCUGCUGAGGUUCUAUCAGAGCUGAAACCAUUUGUUGUGCUUGCUGAGAAACUUGGAAGGUUGGCUGUCCAGCUAGUAACAGGUGGAAGUGGGGUGAAAACCGUGAAAGUAACUUAUGGGUCUGCUAGAGCUCCUGAUGACCUUGACACUAGGCUGCUACGUGCUAUGAUUACAAAGGGUUUGAUCGAGCCAAUAUCCAGUGUUUUUGUCAACCUGGUUAAUGCUGAUUUCAGUGCUAAACAGAGAGGCUUGAAGAUAGCUGAAGAACGUGUUACUCUAGAUGGGUCCCCCGAGAGUCCACUAAACUUUAUCCAAGUUCAAAUUGCCAAUGUUGAGUCAAGAUUUGCCAGUGCCAUAUCAGAUACUGGGGAUAUUACAGUUGAGGGUCGGGUGAAGGAUGGAAUUCCUCAUCUGACCAAGGUUGGAUCAUUCGAGGUGGAUGUGAGCUUGGAAGGUAGCAUUAUACUCUGCCGACAGGUUGAUCAACCUGGAAUGAUCGGUAGAGUGGGAAGCAUAUUAGGUGAAGAGAAUGUGAAUGUCAGCUUCAUGAGUGUUGGAAGGAUUGCUCCUCGAAAGCAAGCUGUUAUGGCAAUUGGAGUUGAUGACCAACCCAAGAAAGAAACUUUGAAAAAGAUUGGAGAUAUCCCAGCAAUUGAGGAGUUUGUUUUCCUUAAGUUGUAGUGUGGUAUGAUCAUUUAGUAUUCUUCA